UGUGUAGGCUUUGAUGGUGUUGUGAAUAUCAAGUCCAGAAGGGUCCUUGUGUGUCACAAAAAAGGGAACAAUGGAUGUGGCAGACAGCCAGACAGGCCUAACUCAUGUACGAGAUAACAUUGGAGACCGCUGUCAGAAGCUUUUCCAGGAAUUCUUGGAAGAAUGGGAAGAAGGAGGAAGCCUGAAGUAUUUGGAAAAAGCAAGGGAGCUUAUAAAGCCAGAGCGGAAUAUUUUGGAAGUCAACUUUGAAGAUGUUGAAAGGUUCAACCAGACUCUUGCCACUACCAUCCAGGAGGAGUACUAUAGGGUGUUGUUGUUUCUGAGCCAAUCCCUUAAACACUUCUUGCAAGACCGCUUUCAAGUGAAGCUUGACAAAGAGGUAUAUGUGGCAUUCAUUGAUGUUCUGCCUCGGCACAAAGUUCGAGAACUGACAACUGUGAAGAUUGGGUCUCUGCUGAGAAUUACAGGACAAGUAGUUCGCACACAUCCUGUUCACCCUGAACUUGUUUCUGGGACAUUCACUUGCCUUGACUGUCAGACUGUGAUCCCAAAUGUUGAGCAGCAGUUUAAGUACACUCAACCAACCAUUUGCCGCAAUCCAGUCUGCUCAAAUCGUUCUCGAUUCCUCCUUGAUACCAGUAAGUCCAAGUUUGUGGACUUCCAGAAGGUGCGAAUUCAAGAGGUUCAGGCUGAGCUACCCCGUGGAUGUAUUCCUCGCAGUGUUGAAGUGAUUUUAAGAGCUGAAGCAGUUGAGAGUGCCCAAGCUGGAGACAGAUGUGACUUCACUGGGACUUUGAUUGUCGUUCCUGAUGUUGGUGCCCUCUCCAUGCCGGGGGCAAGAGCCGAGAGUUCGGCUCGGCACAGAGGAGAAGGGAUGGAAAAUGAAGGAGUUAAGGGUCUCAAAGCUCUUGGGGUCAGGGAACUUAAUUAUCGCAUGGCCUUCCUGGCAUGUUCCGUUCAGCCUACCAGUCCUCGUUUUGGAGGGAGGGAGCUGCUGGGGGAGGAGCUGACUGCAGAGGCACUGAAGAAACAAAUGACUGAGACGGAGUGGAACCGCAUCUAUGAGAUGAGCCGUGACAAGAACCUCUAUCAAAAUCUCAUCACAAGUCUCUUUCCAACAAUUCAUGGGAAUGAUGAGAUCAAACGAGGGAUUCUGCUGCAGAUGUUUGGAGGAGUUCCUAAGACAACUAUGGAAGGAACCACACUUCGUGGAGAUAUCAAUGUUCUCGUUGUGGGAGAUCCCAGCACUGCAAAGUCUCAAUUCCUUAAACAAGUAUCUGAUUUCUCACCUCGAGCAGUAUAUACAAGUGGGAAGGCAUCAAGUGCAGCGGGUCUCACUGCAGCUGUCGUUAAGGAUGAAGAAUCAGCUGAGUUUGUGAUUGAGGCAGGUGCUCUCAUGCUUGCAGAUAAUGGGGUUUGUUGCAUUGAUGAGUUUGAUAAAAUGGAUCCCAAGGACCAGGUUGCCAUACAUGAAGCUAUGGAACAGCAAACUAUCUCCAUCACAAAGGCUGGAGUGAGGGCAACCCUGAAUGCACGGACAUCAAUUUUGGCUGCAGCAAAUCCUAUUGGGGGUCGAUAUGAUCGCACCCGUUCUCUCAAGCAAAAUGUCAAUCUCUCUCCACCAAUCCUCUCUCGUUUUGACCUCUUCUUUGUCCUUAUUGAUGAGUGUAAUGAAAUCACUGACUAUGCAAUUGCAAGGCGGAUUGUGGAGUUGCACUGCAAGAAUGAAGAGAGUAUUGAGAGAGUCUACAGUCAGGAGGACAUCCAGCGCUAUAUUAUGUUUGCUCGCCAGUUCAAGCCUCGCUUGACAAAGGAAGCUGGAACUUUUUUAGUGGAGCAAUACAAGCAGUUGAGGCAGCGAGAUGCAAGCAGCAGUCGAUCUGCAUGGCGCAUCACUGUCAGACAGUUAGAGUCCAUGGUUCGACUUGCAGAAGCCAUGGCUCGACUCCACUGCUCUGACGAGGUCCAGCCAAAGCACGUGAAAGAGGCCUAUCGUCUGCUGAACAAAUCCAUCAUUCGGGUAGAGCAGCCUGAAAUUGACCUGGAGGAGGAAGAUGCUGCCAUUGAAGCUGCAAUGAUGGAAGCUGAUAUCUCUGAGGAAGAAGGCCUGGUAACCCCUUCUACUCAGGAGCCUUCAGCUGACAAGAAGCAAAAGCUCAAACUGUCUUACAAUGAAUACCGUACUCUCUCUAAUCUUCUCAUCAUGCACAUGCGCCGAGCAGAAGCUAAUUUUGAAGAAGUUGGAGAGAGUGAAGGAGAAGGUGGAGGAUUAAAGAAGAGUGAAGUGGUGAACUGGUACCUAGAAGAGAUCCAGGAGGAGAUAGAGAGCGAAGCCGAACUGGUACAGAAGAAGGCGAUAGUGGAGAAGGUCCUGGAUCGUCUCAUCUAUCACGAUCGCGUGAUCAUUCCGCUGACGCGUAUGGGGCUGGAAGAUUCUGAUGAUGCCGUCGAAGAUGAGGAUGAUCCUCUCCUUGUCGUCCAUCCUAACUACAUGGUUGAGCCGUGAUGUCUUCUCAAGUUUUAUGUGCUUUUUUCAUUUUACAUCAUGUAUGGAAGCACCUACUCCCAGCCCCUGGUUGGAGAUAGGAUGAGAUUUCCCCGAAAAAUGUAUGAAAGUGGAUGGUGU